AUGGGAUCAUUAUUGGCAUCCUCGAAGUCAUCGCAGACCUUGGUGCAGGAGCAACCUGACGUCGAGUCUUCGACUCAGAAUACUCGCCCAAACAGCAGCUUCGACGACGGCCUUUUGCCCCCUUAUGAUGAAGAGGAUGAAGACGAAGAGAACGAUGGAUGUGAGCACUACAAUGAAUGGCAUGGUGAUCAUUGGGAUGAGGUCGAUUACUUCAGCUCAUGGAAGAAUUGGGAUAUCGGUGAUGGUUGGCCCCACAGCUUCAUACGUUCUGACGAAUUGAGCAAACCGCACGACCAGCUCCUUGAUGUCCCUCGACAUCGGCGCUGGUUGCAAAAGCUCUCCGGUCUACGCCACGAAGACUUGCCAUCACUUAGAGUCUCGGUUGCAGGUACUCCAAAGAUACCAUUAUUCAAGGACGCUACGACUGGAGAUGAGUAUUCACUUCAUCUCCAUCCAGGACUCCUUCGCGGCCUGGACCGCAUUUAUUGCCGUGACAACCUUGCCCCGAGGCCCGAUAAUCCGACUCCUUGGAUGAACGUCGCAGACCCCCUUUAUGAAGUCAGGUACCGAAAAACAACACCUGAUGAGCCGAACCGCGAAACCAGGCCUUCUCUGCCCAACUUUAUCAUCAUACUGGGAAGCCUCGCAGUGAGGACCUCUGUGAGAGAGGUGUGGGACUCUUUAGUGGCCCCAGGCGAAAUUGUUCCGACGGAAACCACAGACUACCUGGUUGCAAUAGAUGCUGGACACAAAGACAUCCCAGUGUGGCUCCUCGUCUCACGUUCCAAUCUUCGGGACCGCGCCGAGUUCAACGGGAAGAACCAUCCUCAACUUCCAGUUUUCAAGGGGCUACUGAAGGAUGACAGCUAUGGUUAUGACACUGCAUGCAUUCUCCAUUCGAUCCGCGACAUAGCCGGUCCGACUGAAUUUGAAGAGGUCUGUGAGCUGGUUCGAAAGACCCGUGCUGUUACAGACCCUGGAAUUCUCAAUAUCGAGGUGGAGAAGAUGGCAGAGCUAUCGGGGACCACUCUCCCCGAGGGAUGGUGCAGGCCAAUGCCACACGAAGAGAGUCCGCCACCUCCACCCAAGGAAAUUGUUGAUGAUCAUUUAGGCUUUGACCCGGCCGAUUUGAUGAGGGCUAACAGUCUCUAG